AUGGUGAUACUUCUCAGAGGAAGGUUAAAUGUUCCUAGCAUUUGGUCACUGGCCCGUCAGCAGCAUGUUUCAGGUUUGUUUCAGUGCGCUAGGUUUUAUUCUGAGGUAAGACUUCGAGAUUCUUCGAAGUUUGUUGCUUUGAAAGAUGUAAACGAUCUACGGGCAACCAGCUUGCCAGAUUUCAUAUCUUCCCCAAAUUCGAAACUACAAUCGUUGAUAUGGCACCGUCCUAUGCAAAACGUGUUUUUAAUGAAGAAACCUUGGACUGAUACCACUAGGGAGGCCAUGGUUGAGUUCAUCACACACUUGCACGAUUCUUACCCAGAAGUCAACGUUAUAGUGCAACCAGAUGUGGCAGAAGAAAUAUCACAAGAUUUCAGAUCGAUGCCUAAAUCGAAUCCAAAUCAACCGCAUGUUCUAUAUACGGGCUCGGACGCUGACAUUGUCAAAAAGACGGAUCUCUUGGUGACUCUUGGUGGCGAUGGGACGAUUCUCAGAUCCGUUUCGUUGUUCUCACAUACUCAGGUCCCACCUGUACUUGCCUUCAGUCUAGGAACUUUGGGGUUCCUACUACCGUUUGCUUUCAAAGAGCAUAAGAAAAUCUUCGAACAAGUGAUGACUUCUAGAGCCAAAUGUCUUCAUAGAACGAGACUAGAGUGUCAUUUGGUAAGAAAUGGCAAGACGCAGCAAACUACAACUUUACAUGCGAUGAACGAUAUCUUUUUACAUAGAGGUAACUCACCACAUUUGACCAAUUUGGAUAUAUACAUCGAUGGUGAGUUUAUGACAAGGACUACUGCCGAUGGUGUGACUUUAUCCACGCCUACCGGAUCUACGGCAUACUCUUUAUCUGCAGGCGGAAGUAUUGUGUCUCCCUUGGUUCCCUCGAUCUUAUUAACCCCGAUUUGCCCUAGGUCACUUUCGUUCCGUCCCUUGAUCUUACCUCACACUUCUCAUAUCAAGAUAAAAAUCGGUUCGAAACACACUGGCGGUCCAGACGGCCGCGUUGUGAAAUUAUCCAUCGAUGGUAUUCCUCAGGAAGAUGUAUACGUGAACGAUGAAAUUCAUGUCGUCAACGAAGUAGGAACCAUCUAUGUGAAUGGGUCCAAAUUACCAAUACCUCAAGAAGCAAUCAAGUCACAAAAGACAUCGCUCAAGAACUCUGGAAUCUACUGCGUGGCCAAGACUGAAAACGACUGGAUUAAAGGCAUCAAUGAGCUAUUGGGUUUCAAUUCAAGUUUCAGGUUCGGUUCAAAGUCAUAG